AUGGUCAAAUUACUGAAAGUACCAAACACUCCCGAAGAUUUCAAUAACAUUGUUUCUUAUCUUCAGUCUGGCGUCUUUGCAUCGAAAUACAACACUUCAACAAAAAGAGGGAAUUUGCAGAAGCUGACAGACGAAAACUCUCAACCAGUCAAGAAACGAUUAAUUCCAACUUAUGACAAGGAAUUACGAGAAGCUCUUAUAGAGAAAUUCCAUGUCAGUACCUCUCAUUCGAAUACCAUAAAACAUACACUAUGCUAUACGAGAAACACAUCGGAAUUGCCCUACUUGUAUCCGAAAUGUAUCAAUCAAAAAAAACCCCCCAUCAUCGCCAGUGCUCCAUUAGAACGUCUCCAGAUGGACCUGGUCGAUCUUCUUUCUUUUGCCGAACAUAAUGAUGGUUAUAGUUACAUUCUCACAAUGGUUGAUGUAUUCUCACAUUAUGUCUGGGUUAUUCCGCUCAAAGACAAAGAGGAAAGUAUGAUUAAUAAGAAAUUAGCAAGACAUUUUUCAAUGUUCGGUCCCCCCACGGAGCUUCAAUCAGACAAUGGAUGCUGA